UCCUUCCCUGCAAGUUGACGGAGAGCUGUAGAAACACUGCCGGCCGCUCCCUUCCUGCACUCAUGGCCGGCUACAGCUCAGGGUUCAGCCCCGCUCCCUACUAUUACGCCGAUGAGCUGCAGUAUCUGCAGGCUUACGAGGACGUGCUGGAGCGGUAUAAAGAUGAACGGGACAAAGUGCAGAAGAAGACCUUCACAAAGUGGAUCAACAAACACCUCAUUAAGGUACGGAAACACGUAAAUGACCUGUAUGAAGACUUGCGAGAUGGACAUAACUUGAUUUCUUUGCUGGAAGCUCUUUCAGGGGACACUCUGCCUCGGGAAAAAGGACGUAUGCGUUUCCACAGACUACAGAACGUACAGAUCGCAUUGGACUACUUAAAACGUCGGCAGGUCAAAUUGGUGAACAUCAGAAAUGAUGACAUCACUGAUGGAAAUCCUAAGUUAACGUUGGGGCUAAUCUGGACCAUUAUUUUGCACUUUCAGAUCUCUGACAUCCAUGUUACUGGGGAGUCUGAGGACAUGUCAGCCAAGGAGAAGCUGUUACUGUGGUCGCAACAGGCAGCAGAGGGCUACGCUGGAGUCCGAUGUGAGAAUUUCACUUCAUGCUGGAGAGAUGGCAGAUUAUUUAAUGCAAUCAUUCAUAAAUACAGGCCGGACCUGGUAGAUAUGAGUCAAGUAGCUGUUCAGAGUAACGUGAGCAAUUUGGAACAAGCCUUUGGUGUAGCUGAAAAGCUUGGUGUCACAAGGCUGUUGGACCCAGAAGAUAUUAAUGUUCCAUCCCCUGAUGAGAAGUCUGUGAUUACAUACGUUUCGUCACUCUACGAUGUUUUUCCCAAAGUUCCAGAAGGCUGCGAAGGCAUCCAUGCAAAUGAUGUUGAUGUCAAGUGGAUUGAAUACCAGAAUAUGGUGAACUACCUCAUGCAAUGGAUCAAGCAUCAUGUGACAGUCAUGUCCGAUCGGAGCUAUUCGAACAAUCCUGCAGAACUUAAGGCACUUUAUAACCAGUACAUGCAGUUCAAAGACACAGAAAUCCCACCAAAAGAGAAAGACAAAACUAAAAUAAAGCAGCUGUAUAAAUUGUUGGAGGUGUGGAUAGAAUUUGGUCGCAUUAAACUUCCUCAAGGCUAUCAUCCAAAUGAUGUGGAAAAGGAGUGGGGAAAAUUGAUCAUUGCUAUGUUAGAAAGAGAAAAGAGCUUACGGCCGGAAGUGGAAAGACUUGAAAUGCUGCAACAAAUCGCCUGCAGACUUCAGUGCGAUAGCGUGGCGUGUGAAGACAAACUGUUACGAGCGCGAAAUUCAUACCAACUUGAUGCUAAGAGGAUGGAAUCAGGACUUCAGUUUCAGAAUGAGACAGAGGUAGCAGGGUACCUUUUAGAAUCUGAAAAUCUCAUCCGUCAACAAAUUGUUGAUGUCCAGAUUCUAAUUGAUGGGAAGUAUUAUCAGGCAGACCAACUUGUUCAAAGAGUUGCAAAGCUGCGAGAUGAGCUGAUGUUACUGAAGUCUGAUUAUUCAUCGCUGUACAAUAAAGGGCGCUCCUUAUCUUCGGAGGAGACCCAGUUGAUGAUGGCUGGGUUAAAUCAGAGCCUGAAUCAGAGUUUCUCAUCAGGUUUUUCCCAGAGUUUGACACCAUCUUUGACUUCCAGUUUAUCUCGGAGCUUGACGCCAAGCUUGACCCAUGGAUUGACCCCAGUUCUCACACCAAGCUUGCCUGCAACACUCUCCUCUGGCUUAAAACCUGUUCUGGCACAUGGCUUCAUUCAAGGCUUUGUCCCCUGUAUGGACCCAGACACAAUCCAGACAGUAAAACUGAUGCAGAUCAGGAAACCAUUGCUGAGGUCACAAUUCAUUGACCAGUCUCUGACAGAGGAGGAGAUCAACAUGAACUUUUUGCAGGACUUAUUAAACUGGGUGGAAGAUAUGCAGGUGCAGCUCGAUCGUGCUGAGUGGGGCGCUGACUUACCAAGCAUCGAGAGUCACUUGGAAAAUCACAAAAAUGUCCACAGAGCAAUUGAAGACUUUGAAACAAGCAUCAAAGAAGCCAAAGCUGCUGAGGGACAAAUGAACCCACCUCUGUGUGAAAGCUAUUCAGAGAAGUUGAGCACCCUAGAGAGCCAGUACAUCAAGCUUUUGGCUGCUUCCCAGGAUCGAGCCUCUCACCUUGACGACCUGCAAACUUUUGUGACCAGAGCCACAAAUGAGCUCAUCUGGCUGAACGAGAAGGAGGAGGAAGAAGUUGCUUAUGACUGGAGUGACAGGAACUCCAGCAUGUUGAGGAAGAAAGAAUAUCAUGCAGAAUUGAUGCGACAGCUCGAGGACAAGGACAUUGUCAUGAGAUCAGUGCAGGAGAUGGCAGAUCAGCUCCUCCUAUGUCGUCAUCCUGCUCGAUCCACCAUCGAGGCUUUUAAAGCAGCCAUGCAAACACAGUGGAGUUGGAUCCUACAGCUCUGCUACUGCGUUGAAAGACAUCUGAAAGAAAACACAGCCUAUUUUGAGUUUUACAAUGAUGCCAAAGAAUCCAUGGAUUACUUGAGGAACCUGCAGGAAACAAUAAAGAGGAAGUACAGUUGUGACAAAUCCAGCAGCCUCGUGAGACUGGAGGACCUGGUUCAGGAUUCCAUGGAUGAGAAGGAACAACUCCUCCAGUACAGGAGUAACGUAGCAGGCCUCAUGAGUCGGGCAAAGACCAUCGUGCAACUCAAACCCAGGAACCCUGAAAAUCCCACAAGGAUCUCCAUCCCCAUCAAAGCCAUCUGUGACUACAAACAAAUUGAGAUAACUAUCUACAAAGAUGAUGAAUGUGUACUGGAGAACAACUCACACCGAGCCAAGUGGAAGGUUAUCAGUCCUACAGGCAAUGAGGCCAUGGUUCCUUCAGUUUGCUUUACAGUUCCUCCACCAAACAAAGAAGCCAUUGAGAUGGCCAGCAGAAUUGAGCAGCUCUAUCAAAAUGUUCUGGCACUGUGGCACCAGACACACAUAAAUAUGAAGAGUGUUGUAUCCUGGCAUUAUCUCAUGAAUGAAAUUUCAACUAUUCGUGCUUGGAAUGUUUCCUCAAUAAAGACCAUGCUCCCUGGAGAACAUCAGCAGGUGCUAAGCAGUCUUCAGGAACACCUCAGGGACUUCUUGGAAGAUAGUCAGGAAUCGGAAGUCUUCUCAGUCACUGAUGGCAACCAGCUUGAGAGAGAAGUCAAGUUCUGCAAACAGUAUUAUGAAGAUCUCCUCAAAUCGGCUGAAAGAGAGGAGCAAGAGGAAUCCGCUUGCAAUCGGUUCAUCUCAGAGUUACGGAAUAUUCGACUUCGUGUGGAGAAUUGUGAGAAGCGCCUGAUACGUCAAAUCCGCACACCGCUGGAACGAGAUGAUCUACAGGAGAGUGUGCAAAGAAUUACUGAGCAAGAGAAACUGAAGAGUGAGCUGGAGGAACUCAUUGUGGAUUUGGAGAAAGUGACUGAAAAGUGUGACAAAUUCUUUGGACAAGCAUCUUCAUCUUCAGCCCCAACUCUACGUACAGAGCUGAAUGUGGUGCUGCAGAAUCUUAAUCAAGUGUACUCGCUGUCCUCCAUUUAUUUGGAUAAGUUGAAGACUGUCAAUUUGAUUGUUAAAAAUAGCCAAGAAGCAGAGGCUCUUGUUAAACAGUAUGAAACCAAACUGGGUGAGGAAGAUGCAGUACCACCUGACACUGAGGCAAUUCAAGCUCUCCAAAAUACAUUGAAGCAAUGGCGAACUGAAGUGGAUGAGAAGCGUGAUGUCUUCCAUUCAUUAGAAGAUGAGCUCCAGAAAGGGAAGGCAGUCAGUGAGCGCAUGCUGAGGGCACAUAACGAGCGGGAUAUGGACAUGGACUGGCACAAGGAGAAAGCUGUUCAGUUGGCUGAGCGAUGGGAGAACAUCCAUUCCCAAAUUGACAACAGGCUGCAUGAGCUUCAGAGCAUCAGCAUAUCCCUGAACUGGUACAGAGACUGUUAUAAAGACCUUGAUCAGUGGAUUCAAGAAAUGGAAACAACGCAACAAAAGAUGCAGGAACGUCAGCCGGAAGAUAUCCGUGCCCUUGCUGAUGAGCUCAACCAACAAAAGGUUUUGGCCUCAGAAGUUGAGAUGAAACAAAGCAGAAUGGACGAAUGUCAGAAAUACUCUGACGAGUAUUCCUCUGCUGUAAAGGAGUAUGAGCUUCAGCUGAUGACCUACAAAGCCAUGGUCGACUCCCAGCAGAAGUCACCAGUCAAACGGCGAAGAAUGCAGAGCUCUUCAGAUGUCAUUGUACAAGAGUUUAUGGACCUCCGUACACGUUACACAGCCUUGGUGACAUUGAUGACCCAAUACGUGAAGUUUGCAAGUGAUGCUUUAAAAAGAUCAGAGGAGGAAGAGAAAUCCGUAGAAGAGGCAAAGCAAGAGCAUGUCGAUAAAGUUGGCGAAUUGUUGAAAUGGGUGUCUGAGAAGAGCAAGAGCUUGGCGGAGAGGCGACUCAAAUCUCCUGCAGUGGAGCCUGGUGCAGUGGAAAAGUCGCUUUCUGAGAAUCAGAUGCUUUAUGUGGAAUUGUCGAACAAAAAAGAAGAGAUUGCUGAAGCUAUUCACACGACGCAGAUAUUCUUGGCUAAGCACAGUGACAAGAUAUCAGAAGAAGAUAAGCAGCAAACAGAGAAACAACUUGAAUCUCUUCAGGAAACUUAUAAUAAGUUGUGUGAGGAGUCUUCUGAGGGCCUCCAGCAAAUGCAAAGCACACUAGCUGAAGAGACAGUGGAGAAGGACCAUGAAACCAUUGCAGGUGUUCUUGAUCUGGUGACUGGGAUGGUUUAUCCAAUAUUCCCUGCAAUAUGCCAUGGCUUUAUAGAUUACAACACAGGGGUGAUUUUGCUGGAAGCUCAGGUCAUUGAGUCAGGCCUGAUUCUUCCAGAAACAAAGCAAUGCCUCAGUAUAGAAGAAGCCUUGAGAUGUCAGUUGAUAGAUGAAAAGAUCUUCAACCAACUGGAAGAAUUGAGUAAUUCUGCCAAAAUUAUUUCAAGAACCUUAUGUGAAUCACGUGACACCCAUCCUGUUGUUAGUAUUUAUGACAACAACAUUAUCUCAGAGAUAUUGGUCAUUAAAGUCCUGGAGGCACAGUUUGCCACUGGAGGACUCAGGGUUCCAGCCACGGGUGAAAGGCUCAAUCUUGAGGAAGUUUUUCAGAGAGAACUCAUCACUGCUCAGCUGUACUUCAAAUUGCAAGAGAGGCAGAAGAUGUGCAAGGAGCUGAUUGAUCCAAAUACAGCUGAGAAGCUAUCAUUAAUGGAAUUAAUGCAAAGAGUCACAGUGGAUAGAGAAACUGGACUAAGACUGCUUCGUAUAAAUCAAGGAGAGUGGGGCACAAUCAGCUUGAGAUCUGGCAGACAAGUCAGUGUUCUACGGGCAGUCCAUGAAGGCCUCAUAGACCGUGAAGUGAUGAUCAGGCUUCUUGGUGCUCAGCUGUUCGCUGGCGGGCUUAUUCACCCUCAGACAGGAGCUCGGCUAACAGUAGAUGAAGCUUUGGUGUGUGGUCUCAUUGAUCACAAUGUAGCUUCAGACCUCCUCACUCACCAAGUUCAAACAGGAGGCAUUAUCAACCCAGCUACUGGCAGGAGAUUAACCAUGGAUGAAGCUGUGCAGUGCAAUUUAAUAUCGUCAAGCAGUGCACUUUUAGUCCUAGAAUCACAGCAGGUAUUUAUGGGUCUUAUCUGGCCUGAUUCUGGAGAGAUAUUUUCUAUCAACACCUCUUUGCAACAAGGAGUGAUAACGAAUGAAUUAGCCCACAAAAUCUUGAAUAAUAGGCAAAAAAUAGCAGCCCUUUACAUUCCUGAGAGCUCAUCAGUGCUCACACCUGAGGAAGCAAGCAGGCUAGGUAUAGUAGACAAGAAGGCAGCACAUAUUCUAAGCACAACAACAAUACCUGACUUGAUGCCUGACAACAAACACUUUCCAUCUUCACAUGAAGACAUCUUGAACUGGGGAUCAAAUUGUGAAAUCGAAACUUGUGCUAUGGAUGACCCUACUGGUGUUAAAGAAAGAGACAGAGAUGAGAAUUCAACUCUACAGCAGAUGGAAAUACAACAGAAAUUUGUAUCAUAUCUGAUGAUGCACAGCUAUAUGGAUGCAGGCUCAGGAAGGAGACUACUUUUGGUUAAUAGCGACUUGAAUGAAAAGAUUAAAAUGGUGAUGGAAGCAAGUGACAUAGAUGUUCCAUUAGAAAAUCAGCAAGAGUGCCUUCAUAUUCAAGAUGCCAGUGUAUUUGAGAUUCUGUCGGAAGAUGGAAAAAAGUCAGAAGGUAUCAGCUUUCUUAAAAGCCAUAUUUGUUCUGAAAGGUUGGAUUCAGAUGAUAGAGUAGAAAAACAGAGUGUUGAUACACCAAGUGAAUAUUGUGGAAGUAUCAAUAGUGAAGCAUUAUAUAGGAUGCCUGGUGUGCAACACUUUCCAACAAAUGACCUUGAAGAGAAUGCAUGUUCACAGAUGAUAGAUAGUCCAAGAAAUUGUGUGACCGACAUCAAAGAAGGCAAAGCAAUUCAGGCAACUGAAGCAUUAGAAACUUUUGCAGGUUGUCCUGAAGUGCCAUCUCUUCCUGAAAACUUAAGUGUGCAUUCAGACUUUACAACCAGACAAACCAACCAUGUUAAUUCUUUUGAAAGAGACUUGGGAAACCAUUUGAGAAAAAGUGAAGAGGUUCCAAAAGAUGAUCAGGUUACUCAAGUGUUAAUUUCAGUGUUGCAAACUGCAGAUUCAUUCCAAGAGGAAAAGGUUGCCAAGACUGUGUCUUCAGCAGAACCUUUGGCAGCUGAAAUCAGCCUGAGGAUUCCAAUAGAGCAGUCAUCUCUACCUCAUGAAUGCAAUAAGUUCACUCCAUUUCCAUUGGCCAUGGGCCUCCAAAGAGGCUUUGGAGAAGACCUGAAGAAGACGUUGGGUCUAGAUGCAUCAUCUGGUAUGCAGGGGGGUGAUAAAGGAAGCAAUGGUACUCAAAAAUUUGAAGACACAUUUGUGAUCCACACAGAGCAUGCUCACAAAACUGCAAACAGCGUGGCUGCUCAACAGUGCUUAGAAGCUUCAGAACUGGAAGAUUUUAAUGAUCCAGGCAGAAGACAAAAUAUUGCUGAACUAUCAGUGGAAUACAAAAACAACAUAGCAGGUACAACUGCAAACUCUCUUCCUUUGGAAUCACAACUGCCAACUUGGAAAGAUAUAUUCAUUUCAGAACAAUUAGAAACUGAGGCAGAAACAAGUAAACACCUUGUAUGUGGAAUAAAUGAAAUAAGGACAAUUAAAACAUUAGAUGAUAUUGCAGACACACAUGAAGAUUUUUUUGGUACUUCUGAUGCAGAAAGUGAAAAUAUGAAGAUAGAUGUCACAAUGAAAACGAAGGAUGAAGAACAAUUGCUUACAGAUGACAAGCAUUCACAUGUUGCUGAUAAAUAUGAACUAAGAGGUAGCAAUUUUGAAAACCAAUUCAGUGUUCAUAAGUUAAUAGAAACACACACAGAUUCCUCAAUGGAAACAGGGUGUGAUGUAAUGAGUCCAUCAGUGGAAGAAUGUUUCUCCAUACCCAAUGAAAUGUUGGAUCUGAACCCUACAGAAAUUGGAAGUAAAGGUGCACAAUCUACCAAUGAUACUGAGGGCCAUCAGGAAUCAAAGCAGAAACUUAUAAAGAUCAUUGAAACAUUGGAUGACAUAGCAGACUUAGAUAAAAUGGAGACUGCUGACAAAUGUGUUGUGAGAGAUAGUUUGUUAGAGAUUGAAAAUACAAAUUCCAGUGAAGAAGGUAACAAUGACAGUGUGUUAGGGAAUGGUUUGAAUGGACCCACAAAUACAGUUGAAGAUGGUGCCAUUCACCAAUAUGCUGGGUUUGCCUCAGUAGGUGGUGAGGUUGAAAAUGGGAGGACCAAAUUCAUUACAAGUGUGGAAGGAUUGGAAGAUAUCGCAGAUAGCCAAGAAAUACCGUGGUGUAUUGAAGAGCUAACAGGAGCAGAAGAGAUUCAAAUGUUUAGUCCUUCUGGAGUUGAAGAUAUUGAGGAUGUAUUUGAAUGUUCCACACAAAUGGCAAGCAGGGAAUUUAGUUUGCUAAAUGAUGCAGAAUUAAAUUCAAAUGCCAAUGAGCAAAAUCAGCACAAACAAGUGAAUAUUAAGGCUGAGCAUGAAACAAUGAAGAACUGUGGAACUUCUGAACAAGGUGCAUCAGUGGGUAAUCUAAUAAUAGUGGAUAAAGUGAUAAAUGACUGCUGUCUUGAUGUUAGAUGUCCAUUGCAAGAGGGCCCACUUGACGGUGCAGUCACAUUGAAGAAUGCUGAAGGCAUCUACACAGUUAAUGGGAGAAAUUUAUACAAAGAAGAGGAUGAAGAAGAAGUUCCGGACAAGAUUUCUUUAGAGCCAGAUGAAAGUAGGAAAUGGGACAGGUCAGCUUUGAUAAAACAGUACAAAUCAGAAGUUGAAACAGGUGGAAUAUUUGACCCUGUUACUGGUAAAAGGUACAGUGUUGAGGCUGCUUUGGCACAUGGACAUUUGGAUGAGGAGAUGGCUGUGGAUAUUUUGGUUUCACAGUUCCAAGGUGGAGAAAUUUGUUUUGAGGAGAGUGGUGAAAAUUUAACCCUUAGUGAUGCAGUGGCAAAGGGACUUUUACCAAGUGACAUUGCUAUCAAAGUAUUGGAUAAGCUUGGAUUGAUUGGAGGAUUCUAUAACCCUGGUACAGGAGAAAUAAUGGAAGUGGCUGCUACUGCGGAGCAGGUUGUAAACAAUGACCUCUUGACAAAAGUAUUACUUUCUGAGAAAAUGGUCUCUGGAAUUAUUGACCCAGAGACCUGCAAGCUGCACAAUAUUCAUGAUGCACUAAGACUUGGUAUUUUGAACUCCUGUAUAGCUCUGCAUUUGCUGGAAGGCCAAAUUGUUUCUGGUGGCAUUGUGGAUCUCAAACAAGAAGAUCAAUUAUCAGUAGCUGCGGCCUCAAAGCUUUGCUUGGUUGAUGAUAAAACUGCUGAACAAUUGAUGAAAAUAGAAAAGGCAAAAAAUGGAGGGCAAGUCGACGAGGUGACCAAACUAAAGGCACUAAGUUACCAGCUUGAAAUGUAUGGCAUAUUGGAUCCACAGACGAAACAACCUUUGUCUGUGAUAGAAGCAGUUGACAGACACCUUGUGAAAAGGGAUGCUGUGCUCUCUGUUCUUCGCAAGCAAGUUGUAGAUGGUGGUAUAAUUCAGCAUAAAUCAGGACUUCGCCUCUCUGUAACUAAUGCUUUGAGGCAUGGUUUAAUUAGUCAAGACCUAGCUGACGAUUUGUUUGAAUUAGAAACAUCUUGCCAAAAUAUUCACACUUUAAAUGCUGGGAAGAAUUUGUGUUCUGAAGAAAUCUCUCAGUGUUUACAUUUUCCAGUGGAAAUUGAAAGGAACCAGACAACGGAUGAUUUCAAAACUGGAAAGUCAGUGAUUCAAGUCGAAUCUGGCGAUGGAACAUCAUUGAAUGGAAAUUUGAAAAAAGAAAUGAGCCAUUACAAAAGCCAGGACAAUGUUGGUGAAAGCCAAAUUAACAUUAUUCCUUACUCUGAUUUAGUGAAAAUAAGUAAAAUAGAUAUAGUCACUGGGCGAAGAUACAUGGCAGUAAAACCUCAUGCACAAUGUUUGAAUGUCCAACAUGUUGAGCCAAUAUCAAAAUUACAAGCGGUUGGUGUAGAUUUGGCGAGCACUGUCAAAGAGAAGUUAAAUAAUAAAACCAUAGUACGUGCCAGAGAAGGUGAAGUCACCAGUCAGGACUUUGGAGCAAAGAGUGAGCUGAAUUGCCAGAUUAACCCUUCACCUUCUGGCUCCUCUGUUCAGGAAAGUAAUCAAGGUAUUUCCCUCAAUAUCGAGUUUCAGGAGCAGGCUGGCCAAACCACUGAUGAAGAUUUGCCUGAAAAACUGGACUACAUUCCAUCCAAACCAUCUCGUUUUGAAGAUUCACUGCAAGGUGACUUUUUCUCAUAUGUUCGAGAAUGCAUGUCAGAUAUCAAGCGAGAGACAGAAUUGGCUAGAAAAGAAAAUCUUUUAACAAGAGAAGAGGAACUUAAGGAAGAAGUUGGAAAAUUGGCUGCAAAGACAUUUACAGAAGAAAAAUGUGUCGAAGAGAUGGAGCCAAACAAUCCCAAAGCCAAUACCAAGGCUCAUGGUCUAAUGGACCUGCAAGGGAUUGGCUAUUUGGAAGAAAUUUUUGAAGGAAGAGAGCCUGAUAUAAUUCUCAGCCCAUGUGAUGAAGCACAAUUAAAUGGAAUUUCCAAAGUAAAUAAUCAAGUUGCACAAGAUUCUGGUUGUGAAGAAUGUGCAGAAGGAUCUGAAGAAAAUGUAAAUAUUGGAAUGGCUGUGGGGAAUGUGCUGAAAGCUGUGUAUAUGAAGUUCAGUGAUGCAUUCAAAAGAAAACCAAAUGAAGGUGAGGAAAUCUCAUGUGAUGAUACAAUGAUAAAUGAAUGCAAGCAAGAUGGAAAGUUUGUUGAAACAUUAAAUGACACUGCAGAACAUGCAAGUAGCGUGAAAGAAUUAGAGAAAAACAUGUCUGACACUUCUGGAGCAGGAGGAAAUGUGGGAGAGAUGUCCAGCUGUGAUGGUCAAAAAUUAUUUGUAGAAUCUGAAAAUCUAUUGUGUCAAGAAAGAAUCAAUGAAGAGGUACAAGAUCAAAAUGCUGAAGGCAGUCAGAAGCUUAAGAUAUCAUUGGACAAAACAAUAAAUAAUUCAUUAGAGCUUGAGGAUAAAGCCAACUUGGUUUUGGAACAGGAAAGUCUUGUCCAUUCAGAGAAUGUGCGUGGUCUCACAAUUGUUGAAAAUGAGUCUUCAGAAAAUACAGAUGAUCAAAGAACAGUUGGAAUUAAUAGUGGAACUGGUGAUAAUAAAGAAGCAGACACCUUAGAUUUAAAGGAAUGCAAUACAGAGGUGGAAGACGUUGCUGAAAUGCCCAAUGUUGAGGAUGUGGCAACUUUAUGUGGCAAUACUGGGGUUGCUGUAAGUAAGUCAGAAAUUCUCUUUGAUUGUAUAAAACAAGAGAUUCUCAAUGAAGAGUUUAGUGAAGCACUUGGUUUGAAAGAAGAAAAGUUUUUGAAAAUAGCAGAGUCGAUUGCUUGUUUGAAGCCAGCAAUGAUGAGUGCACAAGCACAGGCAACGCUUUUUGCAGUAAUUGAAGAGAAAGAUCCUUGCAGUUUGAAAAAUCAAGCCCUGGUCAGCAGUCUGAUUGAUGAGCUUUUCUGUGAAAUAAAACAUGAAAUUCCUGGUUUGAUGGAAGACAGGCAAGUGAAAAAGACAUUACGUGAAAGAUUUCUCGUGCUACUGAGCACUGCAGGAACUUCUCAAGGUGUGUUGCAGAAAGCAGUCAAGGAGAAAGGGACUAAUAUGAAUCAAGCGAUUCAGGUAAAAGAAAAUGGUCAUAGGAAUGGAAAUUUUGGCUCCAUUACCAGUGGGUCGGAAUCACAAGAAGGCAUAGAGAAGGUAGCCAUGUGUGACAGGGCAUCAAAAGAUGCCUGCUUAAAUGAUGACGGUGGUACUAUGAAGAGGAUGAUAGAAUUAAAGCAAGAUAAGCAGGGAGGUGAACUACGAAUGCAAUCUGCUGAUUUUUCUGAUGAAAUGGAAUUGAUGGAAGAUGCACAGGCUGAAGUCAUGUUGGAGGAAGCAUCUCAUGACAUCAGGAUUAGCAACAAUAAGGGUGUUGUGCAAGUGAAGGAAGUGUUGCAAGUCAGGCAAGAUGGACAAUAUGUAAAUGAAAAUGGAAGUAGGAAACUACCAACUGAUUCUGAAUUGUAUCUGCUAAGCAAUAUUGACGAGAAUACCACUGAGCGAACAGUGAAUGAUUCCUGGGUUAAAGUGAGCGAUGAAGGCAAUGUGAAGGAAAAGACAGAGAUCCUAGAUGGCCAAAAUACAAAUGAGGGAAGGGAAGCUUUGCUGAUGCAGUCUCCUCCUUCCAGUGAUCAACAAGAAUUUCCCAAGAACAUAAAGGAGAGUGACUGUUUUGGCAAAGCAUCAAACCAUGUCUGGAAUGCAAAUAUAAUGAAUGAAAGAGAAGUGCAAUCUCGUGUACAAAGUACAAAUGAAAGAACAAGUGAAGAUUCCGUUGCAACGUCAUGUAGUAGUCCUGAUGAAACAGAAGCACCAAUGGAAAACAUUCAGGAACCAAUCACCUUUGAAAAUGCAAAAUGGAUUAAUGAGAAUAAAGAUGAUAUGAAGGACACAAUUGAAACUAUAUCAUGUGAUCAAGAUGUAAAUAGAAAGAGAAGUAAGGAUUUAGUGAUGCAGUCUUACAAUGCAUUUAAUGAAACGAAACAGUUGGAAGGCACUGGGGAAGAGACCAAUAUUAAACUUGAACAGCAUGAGGACCACAAGACUGUUGAGGGGGAUGAGCAGACAUGUAACAUUGCACAGCAAUGUCUGCAACAUGCAGAGAAUCUGCAAGCUCACUUAAGGUUACUCCAAGAUAGGAGAAUCCAACUGGAGAGCCUGCAGCCAAUUGACGCAGACCUGGAAAUCCUUCAAGAACAACUAGAUUACCACAAAUUAAUAAAGUGUGAGCUGGAGGAGUCUGUAACACGCGAUCUGAAAGCUGCUGAGAAAUUUCUGGAUCGCGUUCACCUGGACCCUGAUGAACCGUUACUGAAGAAUUUGGAAACUGACUGUAAAGAUUUACGAAUGUCUCUCGGGGACAUGAUUGAUGUGUGUGCAAGCAGAGUUGAGGCCCUGUCAAGUGCCAUUGAAAUAGAACAGUCUAAGAUCAAGGCAAUACAUCAGGAGCUCCUUGCCACACUCGAUGGGCUGUCCACUCACGUGCAAGACAAUGCCACUGUCUUAGAAACUCUGUAUCCAGACAUGGGCAGUGAUUUGGAAACUGUUGAAAGAUGUAUACGGCAACACAAGGAUUUGGAGAAAACUUUGAUCGAUUUGAAAAUUCAGCUUGAUGCUACCGCAUUUGAUAUCCAGUUCUUUGUUUCUGAGCAUGCAAUGGACUUUUCUCCGCAGGAGAACAGGAAACUGCUCAAACAUUUGAAUAGCACACAGACAUUUUUUAAAAGUGUGAUGGAAAGGUUAACAGUACAAGUGGAGGCUUUGAAUCUUCAAUUACAGACCAGAUUAGAAUUGGAUGAUCAGAAGGCUUUUGAAGAAAAGCAAGGAGAGUGUAACAAGAAAUUGCAGGAAAUGUGCGACUUGCUGAUGGUGACUGAAAAUAAAAUCAUUGGCUACGAGAGUGCAAUGUCCAUUCCUGAUGAUAGCUUGGCUAACUUACAACAGCAUCAGCUAGAGCACCAGGCCUUACAAAAGGAAAUUGAGGUGAAUGCAGCCACUUUAGCAAAUGUGGUAAAUGCAACUGAACAGUUCUUAGAGAAGAACAGGGACAAACUCAAACCAGAAGAAAGAGAAGCAAUCGACAGGAAGCUGAAGGAAGCCAAAUCUAAGCUCAAUCAGUUGAGUAAGCAAGUGGAUUCCAAACUCAAGAAUCUGGACAAUGCUGUAACAACUGCUCUCAAACAGGAGACUGAGAAGGCUGCAGUAGUUGAACAGUUAAAGGAAAAUGAAAGUAAGAUCCAAGGACUCUUGAAUUGGCUGUCGAGUAUAGAACAGGAGCCAAUGAGUGAAGAGAAAAUAAAAGAGACAUUGCAACAAAAUGGCAACACUAUUUUUGUGGAUGGACUGAAGACUCUGGAGAAUGAGGAUACAGUGAAUGGAAACCUACCUCAGGACUUGAGUGAGACCAAAGCAGACAAAGCAAUUGAACUAACAACUGAUGAGGAUUUGAAUCUUCAGUACCAAAAAGCCAAGUUUCAUCAUCAACAAGUUGUGUCACAACAGCAGUCCUACAUUAUAUCGACACAGUCAGGGCAGGAUUUCCUAAAGAAGCAAGGCUCCAGUAUUUCUGUAGAGGAACGAGAGAAAUUGGAGAAGGACCUGAAUGAGUUGAAGGCUCAGUAUGAGACCACGCUGGCCCAGUCGGAAACCAGACUGAAAUUGAUACAGACUGUACAGGAUGAGCUGCAAAAGUUUUCCAGCGAUUACAGUGAAUUUGAAAACUGGCUGCACCAGUCUGAACAGCAUCUGGAGGAUCUCCAAAGUGGUGCCACUGAAGUUGAAACUCUUGUUGGCAAGCUGCAAAGGCAGAAAAGCUUUUCUGAUGAUGUCAUCUCACACAAAGGUGACUUGAGGUAUAUCACCAUCUCAGGGCAAAGAGUCCUUGAUGCUGCUAAAUCCUGUGGCAAAUUGGAUCUGGGCAAAGAUAUUAAGCCAUGUAUUGACACAUCUGCGACUUGUGACUUGGUGCAGAGGCAACUGGAUGUGGCCAAUGACUCCUAUAAAUCGCUGCACUCAAAGUGUAAUUCCUUGGGUAAAAAUCUCAAAGAUGUGGUAGAUAAGUACAGCCAAUACCAAGAAAUCUCAGCAGACCUUCUACCAUGGCUUCAAGUCACCGAGGAAGCUGCAAAAAUUCAGCUGACGGAGGCCAUUGCUGCAGACCCCAAAAACCUACAGAAGCAGCUAGAGCAAGUCAAGGAUCUACAGGAUCAGAUGUCUGCACACCAAAGCACAGUAGAAAAACUAAGGAAAACCGUUGAUGCACUUUUGAACACCGAUGGUAAUCUCCUGCUGAAUCGUGAUGAAAUCCAAGAUAAUGUGGAUGAUGUUGCAUUGAGAUUUGAGAAUUUAUCCAAAUCGACCAGUGAUCGCAAUGAGAAGCUGCAGAUGACUCUCACACGGUCCCUGAGUGUUCAAGAUGGUUUGGAUGAAAUGCUUGACUGGAUGGCUAAUGUUGAAAAGAGCCUAGAAGAUGACAAGGAGUUGCCUUUGAAUUCUGCUGCUAUUCAAGAGGCCUUCAGUAAAAAUGCUGUACUGGAACAGAACAUUGCCAGUCGCCAAAGCAGUAUUAGUGCCAUUAAAGAGAAAGCCAACAAGUUCAUAGCAACAGCGGAUCCAACCACUGCCUCUGCAUUGCAAGCAAAGGUGGGUGAACUUGCCAAACGGUUUUCUUCAGCCAGUGGCCGACAAAAGGAAAGAGCAGCCAAACUGGAAAAAUUCAGAGCCAAAGUGGAAUUUUUUGAGAAGACUUACCAAAAAAUUGAGCAGUUUGUAACCAAGAAAUCUCUAUCUCUCCCCGAAAUUGAUGGACCAGGAAAAGAUGUGGCUGAACUCUCACAGCACAUGCAGGAAAUGAAAGCUGAACUAUUGGACCAGAGUAAAGACCUCAAUAUAUUAAAUCAGUUGGCUGAAGAGCUAGGGGGAUGCGCUACGGAAAAAGAACGGACACAGAUCCUCAACAAUGUCAAUGCUCUGUCAAAGCAUUUUCAAGAACUAGAAAAGACCACCAAGAAAAAAGAGGAAGAAUUAUUUUGUUGCCAGCUUCAGGCAGAUCAAUUUAAAACACUGCUGAUGUCAUUCAACAAGUGGGCAGAGGGAAUGAACACAAGGAUUCCAAUUGUAGAGCCAAGUCUAACUACAGAAACUCUUCAGAAGCUCUUGUCCAGUAUUCAGGGUAUGCUCAAUGAGUGGUCAUUGAAAGCUUCUGAAGUUGAGGAAGUUAAUCAGAAAGGAUCAGCCUUGUGUCACCUAAUCAAUACACUGACUUCUCCAGCCCAUUCAAGGACGAUAUUCAAGUCAGGUACACAAGUGGUGAAUGGUGGGGGAGCAGUCUCUGCUAGCUGCGAUUCCAAAGAGCUAAUCACUAUCCAGCAGGACAUUGCAGAUGUAAAUCGUCAAUAUGAAAAGGUAGGAGGUUUGCUGAAGGACAAGGAGAAUCAGUUGGAAACUACGCUGGCUCAGAGACAGCAAAUUCAAGAAGAAGCCAAUUUGGUCAAGGAAUGGUUGGAGUCAAUGGAUAAACGAGCAGCAUCGUGGGAUACAUUGCCAACUGAGACUGAAGCCAUAAAGGAACAGGUUGAACAGCAAAAGAUAUUUGAAGCCGAAUUGAACCAAAACACUGGCAAGGUUAAACAGGUGAAAGAAAGGUUGAUGUUGUUGCUGGAGGAGAACACCGACGCUCCAGAAGCUGGGAAAUGGAGGCAGAUGUUGGAUUAUAUAAGUUCAAAAUGGGAACAGGUCAGCCAGUCGGCAGCAGACCGGCAGCAGAAGUUGGAGGAGUCAUCUAGUUUCCUUAGUCAGUUUGAGACGGCAGAGGUGCAGCUCAGCCAGUGGCUUGUUGAAAAGGAACUAAUGAUGAAUGUACUUGGACCGCUCUCCAUUGACCCACAUAUGUUGAACAAUCAGAAGCAACAAGUCCAGAUAUUACUCAAGGAGUUUGAGACACGAAAGCCACAACAUGAACAGCUGAAAACAGCAGCUGACGGCAUUUUGAGUCGAUUGGAUGACCCUGCUGUGGCCAGUGGAGUUGUGAGCAAUCAGCUGGCUACCGUCACACAAAAGUGGGACAACUUGACGGGACAGCUGGUUGAACGGUCCAACCUCAUCGAUCAGGCCAUUGACAAAAGCAGCAGGUACCAGAGUCUAGUUCAGGACCUCUCGGCCAGGCUGAACAUCUUGAAUACUAAGCUGGUUGAUCAGCUGGCCAUUGGCUCCCAGCCCGAAGCUGUGAAAUCCCAACUGGAAGCAGCCAGUGAAAUCCGGUCAGAGUUGAAGCGGGAGGAGAAAUCAGUGCAGGAAGCCCAGAGGCUCUGCGAGGAGAUCUCAGCCCUCGUUCGUGAACAAUACCUGAAGGCUGAGCUUAGCAGGCAGUUGGAAAAUGUUUUGAAACCCUACCGAGAUCUGGAGGAAAGAGCAGGAAACCAAGUCCACCAGCUACAGUCAGCACUUGCUAAUUCUGAGCAAUUUCAGCAGAUGUUCGAUGAUUUUAAAGCAUGGAUAGAUGAAAAGUGCAGAGAACAAGGCCAAAGGCCUCCCAUAUCUGCCAAGUUGGAGCGCCUGCAUUCGCUGAUUGAUGAGCAGGCAGAGUUUCAGAAAUCUUUGGCCCAGAAAGCUGGGUCCUACGAGAUGAUCCUGGUGGAAGGUGAGGCUCUCCUGCAGAAUAUGCAGCCUGGUGCCGAGAAAACAGCCUUACAGGGUCGUCUGGGAGCCCUCCGGGCUGAUUGGGAAGUACUAGCCAAGCAAGUGGAAGCCAGACAAGAGAAACUGAGGGACUGUUUCCAGAAAGCCGAAAAGUACAGAGAAUGUGUCGCGCACCUACUACCAUGGAUACAGGAGUGCGAGGAAAAGGCUUCUCGGGUACAAGUCAGUAGCGAUGCUGCAGAAAUUGAAUCUUCAUUGGUGAACAUUAAAGGUUUACAGAAUGAUGUGGACAAACAUCGGAGGGCAAUAGAUUCGCUAAAUAAUGCUGCCAAUAGCUUGAUCGAAGCUAGUGAGGCUGAUCAGCAAGAUAUCCAAAGCGAGAAGGCUUCAGUCAACCGAAAGAUUGAUUUGAUCAAUGAACAGCUUCAGCUGAAAAUCAAUUCUCUGGAUGAGAUGGCAAAAUGUGUGAAGGAGUUUCAGAGUUCUGUCAAAGAUGCCAAGAAGCAACUAGAUGGAGCCAAGCAGCAACUUGAACUCCAUAUUGCCCUUGGACCCCAGGCAUACAGUAAUAAAUGCCUGACCAAUAUGAAUGCCCAGCAGAAGACUCUUCAGGCUUUGGGACCGCAAGUGGAGAAUAUCAAAUGCCUUGCUCAGAGAUUGGCUGCUGGUACCUCAGACAGUGCCGGAACAUCUUUGAUCCUGCAGCAAACCAAUUCCUUACAGGAUGAUUAUGCAUCAGUGAGCCAACAAGUGCAAGAGAGGUGCUCUUUCCUGGAGACCAAGCUCCAAGGCAUUGGGCAGUUUCAGAACAAUAUCCGGGAGAUGUUUUCCUUAUUUGCUGACCUUGAUGAUGAACUGGACAGCAUGGCUCCUGUGGGAAGGGAUCUGAUCAGUCUGCAAGCUCAGAAGGCUGGCACCCAGGAUUUCAUCGUAAAACUGCAAGAGCUAACAGCAAGCAUUGAAAGUGCAAAGAAAGAGGGCAAGCAGAUGCUGGAAUCAGCAAGUUCUCCAGAUUUACUGGGGUUAAAGCGGGAUUUAGAUGCUUUAAGCAAACAGUGCAAUAAACUGCUGGACAGGGCCAUAAUCAGAAAAGAGCAAGUGGAAACCAACCUUGCUCGGGUUGAGGAAUUCAACAGUAAAUGCAAGACAUGUAGUAUGUUGAUGACAGUCGCUGAGGAGCAUGAAGAGAGUCAGGGCAGUGUUGGAACAGAAACGGAUGUCAUCAACCAACAACUGGAAUCGUUCAAGGUAUUUCAAAAGGAAGAAAUUGAACCUCUUCAGACUGUGCUCCAAGAGGUGAAUCGCCUUGGACAAGGACUGAUCCAGAGUGCAGCUAAAAAUACCAACAUCAGGGCAUUGGAGCACAACCUUGAAGAAGCAAAUACACGAUGGAAUACUCUAACAACAAAGGUUGCAGAACGAGCUGCCAAGCUGCACGAAGCUCUCUUGCACUGUGGGAGGUUUCAGGAUGCGCUCGAAUCAUUGCUCAGUUGGUUAAUGGACACAGAGGAGCUCGUAGCCAACCAAAAGCCACCAUCAGCUGAGUUCAAAGUAGUUAAGGCUCAAAUUCAAGAACAGAAACUUCUUCAACAUUUGCUGGAUGAUCGCAAACCAACUGUGGAAAUGAUCAAAAAGGAAGGGGAGAAGAUUGCUGGGUUGGCUGAUUCGACAGAUCGUGAGAAGACCCUGAAUCAGCUGCAAGGCCUGAGUCAUCGAUGGAAUUCCUUGCUGACCAAGGCUGAAGACAGGCAGCGACAGUUGGGAGCCAUCUUGGUGGUGGCUCAGCAGUUCCAUGAUACUGUCGAACCUUUGAUUGAAUGGCUUUCUGCUGCUGAGAAGAAAGUUGCAAACUCUGAACCUAUCGGCACUCAAACUGCUAGACUACAAGAACAGAUCUCCCAGCAUAAAAUGCUUCAUGAAGACAUCAUGCUUCGUAAACAGCAUGUGGAUCAGGCCAUUAAGAAUGGAUUAGCUCUCCUGAAACAGACAACAGGGGAUGAAGUUAUAAUUAUUCAGGAAAGGCUAGAUGGCAUCAAAGCACGCUACGCUGAUAUUACCACUACCAGCAGUAAAGUCUUGAAGACCCUAGAACAGGCCCUCCAACUGGCCACUAAGUUUCAGUCUGCUCAUGAGCUGUUAACAACCUGGCUCGAGAAGGUGGAAGCUGAACUGACUACAUAUGCUUCCGAGGUUCUUGCAGGAGAACAACUAGCUCAAGCACAGAAGAGACAGAAAGAGCUGAGGAAAGAGAUAAUGGAGCACAGGGUAAGCCUGGACACAGUUAAUGAGGUCAGUAGUGCUUUAUUGGAGUUGGUCCCAUGGAGAGCAAGAGAAGGACUUGACAAGCUGGUGUCUGAUGACAACGAGCGUUACAGAUUUGUGAGCGACACUAUAGCACAGAAGGUGGAAGAAAUAGACGCUGCUAUACAAAGAUCUCAGCAGUUUGAACAAGCAGCAGAUGCAGAGAUUGCCUGGAUAACAGAAACAGAGAAGAAGCUCAGAUCACUCGGUGACAUUAGACUUGAACAAGACCAGACCUCUGCUGAGUUACAAGUUCAAAAGGCAUUUUCAAUGGAUAUUUUGCGACACAAAGAUACAAUCGAUGAAAUUGUUGCAAAUGGAGAUCAAAUUAUGAGUUCCUGCACUGAAGAGGAGAAAGCAUCCUUGAACAACAAACUGGACAUGCUUCAAAAACAAUAUGAGGUGAUCAGCCAGAUGAAUGCAGAAAGAUACUUGCAGCUGGAACGGGCUCAAUCUUUGGUCAGCCAGUUUUGUGAGACCUACGAAGAGCUCUGGCCAUGGCUUGAAGAGACCAAAGUGUUAAUUACGCAGUUACCCACACCAGCCAUUGAAUUCGAGAUGUUAAAGCAACAGCAGGAAGAGCUUCGGCAACUUCGGGAGUUGAUAGCAGAACAUAAACCUCACAUUGAUAAGAUGAAUAAAACUGGACCUCAGUUACUGGAGCUAAGCCCCCGGGAAGGUUUAGGCAUCCAGCAGAAGUACACAGCAGCUGAUGCACUUUACAGUAAGAUCAAAGAUGACGUCAAGCGAAGAGCCACCUCACUGGAUGAAGCCAUUUCUCAAUCUACUCAGUUCCACGACAAGAUUAGCCCCAUGCUUGAAGCACUGGAGCGCAUUGCUGUCAGAUUGCAACAGCCACCUUCCAUCUCGGCAGAGGUGGAGAAAAUCCGGGAGCAGAUCAGCGAAAACAAGAAUGUGACCAUGGAACUCGAGAAGCUGCAGCCAGCAUUUGAAACGCUGAAGCAGCGAGGCGAUGAUCUGAUUGGACGUUCUGAAGGAGCUGACAAAGAUUUCUGUGCAAAAGCUGUUCAAGACCAGUUGGACAAGAUGAUUUUCUACUGGGCUGACAUCAAAGCUCGGGCAGAGGAACGGGAGGCAAAGCUGCUCGAUGCUAUGGACCUGGCUGAAAAAUUCUGGUGUGAUCAUUCCGCCCUGAUUGUCACUAUUAAAGACACCCAGGACUUAAUUCGAGAACUGGAGGAACCCGGAAUAGAUCCAUCAGUUGUUAAAGAACAGCAAGAGGCUCUCGAGACAAUCAAAGAAGAGGUUGAUGGUCUUCAGGAGGAGCUGGAGAUAGUUCAGAAUCUUGGAGCUGAGCUGACUGCAGCCUGUGGAGAGCCCGAUAAACCUGUGGUGAAGAAAAAUAUAGAUGAGCUGAAUUGUACCUGGGACAUUCUGAAUAAGGCAUGGAAAGAUCGCAUUGACAGGCUAGAUGAAGCAAUGCAGGAGGCCGUUCAGUUCCAGGAUGCACUACAGGCUAUGUUUGAUUGGAUGGAUAUUGCAGAGACCAAGUUAAAUACACUACCUCCAAUUGGUACAGAUCUUGAAACAGUGAAGCAACAAAUAGCUGAACUCAAGCAAUUUAAGACUGAGGCAUAUCAGCAACAAAUAGAGAUGGAGCGACUGAACCAUCAGGGAGAACUGUUACUGAAGAAAGUGAGCGAAGAUGAUGACAAGCGUGUUGUACAAGAACCUCUUCAUGAGUUGAAACAUCUCUGGGAAAAUCUGGAUGGGAAAAUAGUCAACAGACAACAUAAACUGGAAGGUGCUCUGUUAGCUCUGGGACAGUUCCAACAUGCCUUGGAUGAGCUGAUGACAUGGCUGACCCAUACCGAGGAGCUCCUAAAUGAACAGAAAGCUGUUGGUGGAGAUCCUAAAGCCAUUGAAAUCGCAAUUGCUAAACAUCACGUUCUACAGAAUGAUGUCCUAGCACACAAGUCCACUGUAGAAACUGUGAACAAAGCUGGAAAUGACUUGCUCGAAUCAAGUGAUGGGGAGGAAGCCAGCAGCCUGCAGAGCAAGCUAGAAGUCCUGAACCAGCGCUGGAAUAAUGUCUUGGAACAAACUGAGCAACGGCAACAGCAACUGCAUCUCUCUCUCAUCCAGGCUCAAGGUUUCCAGAGUGAGAUUGAAAAUAUGCAGCGCUGGCUGGUAGACACUGAACGUCAGCUGUCAGCAUCAAAACCUGUUGGAGGUCUGCCAGAAACUGCCAAGGAGCAGCUUAAUGUUCAUCUGGAACUCUGUGCUGCAUUUGAAGACAAAGAGGAGAUCUACAAGAACCUGAUAAACAAGGGACAGCUAAGCUAUGAGGGAGCUGAUGACAGUAAUGUGGAACAAGGGAUCAACAACCUAAAAGAAAGAUGGGAAUCAGUUGAAGUAAAACUAAAUGAACGAAAGGUUAAACUGGAGGAGGCCCUCAACCUAGCCACUGAGUUUCAUAACUCACUUCAAGAUUUCAUCAACUGGUUGACCCAAGCAGAGCAAACUUUGACAUUAGCUUCUUCACCAAGUCUUAUUUUGGACACAAUUUUGUUCCAGAUUGAUGAACACAAGGUUUUUGCCAACGAAGUCAACUCACAUCGUGAAAAAAUAAUUGAACUGGAUAAGACUGGGACCCACCUGAAGUACUUCAGUCAGAAGCAGGAUGUGGUGCUGAUUAAAAAUUUGUUGAUCAGUGUUCAAGCUCGAUGGGAGAAGGUUGUGCAGCGUUCUGUUGAUAGGGGAAGAGCACUAGAUGAUGCAAGGAAACGUGCUAAACAGUUCCAAGAGGCAUGGAAGAAAUUAAUGGAAUGGUUAGAAGAUUCAGAAAAAAACCUGGAUUCAGACCUUGAAAUUGCUAAUGAUCCAGACAAAGUGAAAAUGCAACUUGCAAACCACAAGGAGUUCCAGAAAGCGCUAGGAGCAAAACAUUCAGUGUACGACACUACAGUGAGAACUGGUCGCUCGUUAAAAGAGAAGACAACUUUGGCUGAUGACCACCAGAAGCUCGAUGAUAUGUUGAGUGAGCUGAGGGAUAAGUGGGACACGGUGUGCGGGAAGUCAGUGGAAAGACAGAACAAAUUGGAGGAAGCAUUGCUGUUCUCUGGCCAGUUUACAGAUGCCUUGCAAGCCCUGAUCGAUUGGCUGUACAAGAUUGAGCCCAUGCUGGCUGAAGAUCAGCCAGUGCACGGGGACAUCGACCUGGUGAUGAACCUGAUUGAUGCUCACAAGGUCUUCCAGAAGGAAUUGGGCAAACGAACCAGUGGUGUCCAAGCCCUCAAACGCUCUGCCCGUGAAUUGGUGGAUGCCAGCCGUGAUGAUUCCUCCUGGGUCAAGGUGCAGAUGCAAGAGCUCAGUACUCGCUGGGAAACUGUCUGUGCCCUCUCUGUCUCCAAGCAAGCCCGACUAGAACAAGCCCUGAACCAGGCUGAGGAAUUCCACUCUGCAGUGCAUGUAUUGCUAGAAUGGUUGGCUGAAGCCGAACAGACCCUUCGUUUCCAUGGCGUUCUUCCAGAUGAUGAUGAGGCCCUGCGUGUGCUUAUAGAACAACACAAGGAGUUUGCAAGGAAACUGGAAGAAAAGAUGAUUGAGCUGAAUUUAGCAGUGGGCAUGGGAGAAGCUAUCCUAUCUAUCUGCCACCCAGACUCUAUCACAACUAUCAAACAUUGGAUCACAAUAAUCCGAGCCAGAUUCGAAGAGGUAACUGCAUGGGCUAAACAGCAUCAACUGCGGCUUGAAGCAGCUCUUGCAGAUGUUAUUGCUAAUCAAGAGUUACUGGAGAGCCUGUUAGGCUGGUUACAGUGGGCAGAGACGAUACUCACUCAGAGAGACCAAGAAUCACUUCCACAGGAGAUCGAAGAAGUCAAAACACUUAUUGCCGAGCACCAGUCUUUCAUGGAGGAAAUGACCAGAAAGCAGCCAGAUGUGGAUAAAGUAACAAAAACAUACAAGAGGAAAGCUGCAGAACCGAUCCAGAUUGCAUCCCAAAUUCCUGUCAUUGAUAAAGGAAGGUCAAGAAAAAGACUCCCAGCACGGGCUCUGUAUUCACCUGCAACACAAACCAUUGAGACUAAAAAUCCACGUGCUAACCUCCUUGUCAGUAAGUGGCAGCAAGUCUGGUUGUUGGCUCUAGACAGACGACGGAAACUCAAUGAUGCACUCGAUAGGCUGGAAGAGCUGAGAGAGUUUGCCAACUUUGAUUUUGAUGUUUGGCGAAAGAGAUAUAUGCGAUGGAUGAACCACAAGAAGUCCAGAGUCAUGGAUUUCUUCAGACGCAUUGACAAAGAUCAGGAUGGGAAGAUAACAAGACAAGAGUUUAUUGAUGGAAUUCUCUCUUCAAAGUUUCCUACCAGCCGUCUGGAGAUGAGUGCAGUGGCAGACAUAUUUGAUCGAGAUGGUGAUGGCUACAUUGAUUAUUACGAGUUUGUGGCCGCUCUUCAUCCAAACAAAGAUGCUUACAAACCUCUUACUGAUGCAGACAAAAUUGAGGAUGAGGUGACACGGCAAGUAGCAAAAUGUAAAUGUGCAAAGCGGUUUCAGGUGGAACAGAUUGGGGAGAACAAGUACAGGUUCUUCCUGGGAAAUCAGUUUGGUGACUCGCAGCAGUUGCGGCUCGUCCGCAUCCUGCGCAGUACUGUCAUGGUUCGUGUUGGAGGAGGUUGGAUGGCACUCGAUGAGUUUCUGGUGAAAAAUGACCCCUGCAGAGUUCAUCAUCAUGGAAGUAAAAUGUUGCGUUCGGAAUCAAACUCUUCAAUUACCAGUCAGUCUCCUAUAGCAAAGGGCAGGACAAACGUUGAACUGCGUGAAAAAUUCAUGCUUCCUGAAACCACUGGUCAGUCUGUGGCUGCCUUCCGAUCACGGGGUCGUAGGUCACGGCCAUCAUCGAGGGCCGCUUCUCCAAACAGGUCAACCUCCAGUGCCAGUCAGAGUGUUUCAGUUCCGCCAGUUACUACAAGUACACCUCCCAAGGUAACCCCAAUCCAGGGAAGCAAACUGCGACCACCUGGAUAUUUGUCAGGAAAAAGUUUCCACUCUGGAGACGAAAGCAAUUUAACAUCAACCCCUCCUUCUAGGGGGCGGUCACAAGUACCAGUCCGAGACUCAAGGAAAAUCCCAAGCCGACCCACAAGCCGAGCUGGAAGCAAGACCGGCAGUCGAGCCAGUAGUCGUCGUGGGAGUGACGCGUCUGAUUUUGACAUUUCGGAUAUCCAGUCCGUAUGCUCAGAUGUUUCAGAAACAGUGCCUGACACUAGCAGAUCAGGGUCACGAGCAGGAUCUCGGCCAGCUUCCGCAAAACCAUCAAAAAUCCCAACACCAUCACGGAGGUCCCCAGCAACAAGCAAACUGAGUGCGGCCUCCAAAAGAUAGUGCGAUCAACCCAAUGGAAGUUCUCUGAAAUCAUUUGAUAGUGCAGUCCUUGGGAUGUAAAAUAUUCUGUAGAAUCUGUUGUGAAAAAUUGCAAGAGGUGGACUUUUUGAUGCUGCAGAAUGGCCUUAUUUGUGUUUUUGUCUUGUAUGUUAUUUUAUGUGAAUAAUUAUUUUGUUCAUUUUUUUGUUGACACCAUAUCCUCUGGAGGGAAAACUAAAAAGAGCUUUUAAGAAAGAUGUAAGUUAAACUAAUAUUUUUACAUAAUAGUAUGGAAUUAGGUAAUUAUCUUGGAAAGCUGUUUCUGAAUGUACUGUUAAAAAAAUAUGAAAUCCCAGCAACAUGUUGUGUCAAUAAGCAGGCAGAUGACUCCAUAAUUUGCUAACAGCACUGAUUACCUCAUACACAAUUCAAUGAGGCAAUGCUGGAUUUUGUGAAAUAAUCUUUAUUUUUGCUCAGAGCUGAUUUUCCUUAAUUAACCACAAAGCAAAUGUCUGUGUCCCAGAUAAUUAAAAAAAGGGAUGUAAAAAGUUGAUCAGCACUACCUUAAUGUAGCAAACUUGAAUUUACUCACAAAUGUUUAAUAACACACUUAGGCCGGCUGUUAAGACACUUAAAAAGAAAUUCCUGCAGCAUUUUUGUGCCAUUUCAUAUAGCUGAGAUCAAACUGCCAUUGUUAAAACCCCUUUCCCUUCCCUCAACAAGUCAUUUACACUAAUAAUAAUUAAUAUAUAAGUAUGAAGUGUGUUGAUGUCAAUGUGAAUUUUUUUUUGCUUGAGUGGAAGAUAAUUGUAUCAUUGAUCCCAUUUUGUAUUAAAGCAAAGUUGCUUGCAGUAAGUCACAA